AUGCUGCAAGAUGAAGGCGCCGAGCCUGGUGGCAAGUCAGGUCAGAACUCAAUCCCCGCCCCAGGCGUGGAAUUGGCUGCCGCUCACACCAACUACCACCAAAUACCACCUCAAUCUAAAUGUCAACAACGUCUCCCGCCAUCCGCAUAUCAGGAGCAGUCCAGUCUUGGGCCUUCGUCCGCUCUCCAAAGGCCCCCCUCCUUGGACUGGACUCUGCGGUCUGGAGUGUCUGUCUUGCCGGAUAUGGCUGGAGCACGUCCUCUCAUCUGGGCCAAUGAUAUAUCCCCUAUUCUUCCCAAUCUUUGA